AUGACGUCCAAGGAGGAAAAGGUCGACAUCGGCACUCACACGCCGCCGUCGCACGAUGUCGCGCCCGGACACCAAAAGGAUGUCUUCACUGGCGACGUCGAGGGUGUCCGCGACGACUUCCGUGAGGAUGACUUUAUGACUCGCAACGGUCUCAACCUCAGGUCCUUCCAGCGCCGUGACUACGGUACCGGUGCCGUCGAACUCGAUCGCUCCAUGAAGAAGCGCCAUCUCCACAUGAUUGCCAUUGGAGGUUCCAUCGGUGCUGGUUUCUUUGUCGGUUCCGGUGGUGCCUUCACCAAGGGUGGCCCCGGCGCUGUCCUCAUCUGCUUCUUGAUCGCUGGUGUCAUGAUCUUCAACGUCGUCCACGCUCUUGGUGAACUUGCUGUCAUGUACCCCGUCUCUGGUGGUUUCUAUACCUACUCUACUCGCUUCAUUGAUCCUUCCUGGGGUUUCGCCAUGGGAUGGAACUACGUCUUUCAAUGGGUCAUCGUCUUACCACUCGAGUUAACCGUCGCCUCAUUCACCGUGCAAUACUGGAAUCCAAACAUCAAUGAAGGUGUUUGGAUCACCGUCUUCUGGCUUUUCAUCAUCUUUAUCAACAUCUUUGGUACACUGGGUUACGCUGAGGAGGAGUUUUGGAGCUCUUGCUUCAAGCUCGCUGCCAUCAUCAUCUUUAUGAUUGUCGCCAUUAUCCUUAUCUGCGGUGGUGGUCCCGCUCGUGGUGACUUCAGCACCUACCAGGGUGCCAAGCUCUGGUAUGAUCCUGGCGCCUUCCAGAACGGUAGCCGUGGUUUUUGCGCCGUCUUUGUCACUGCUGCCUUCUCUUUCGCUGGUACCGAGCUUGUUGGUCUUGCUGCCGCUGAGUCUCGCAACCCCGCCAAGGCCCUUCCCGGUGCUAUCAAGCAGGUCUUCUGGCGAAUCACCCUCUUCUACAUCGUUGGUCUCACCCUCGUCGGCAUGCUCGUCAGCUCCACCGAUGACCGUCUCCUCAACAGUGCCAACCCUUACAAGGAUGGUGUCUCCCCCUUUGUCCUGGCUGCUCUUGAUGCUGGCCUCAACGGUUACGACGACUUCAUGAACUUGGUCAUCUGUGUUUCAGUCAUCUCCAUCGGUGUCUCUUGUGUCUACGGUGGUUCCCGUACUCUUACUGCCCUUGCUGAGCAGGACUACGCCCCCAAGUGCUUCACCUACAUUGAUCGCUCCGGACGUCCGCUCAUGUCUGUCGUUUUCAAUCUGGCCUGGGGUGCUCUGGCAUACAUCGUCCUGGCCUCUUCCGGUGGUCUUGUCUUUGAUUGGCUCCUUGCCGUCUCUGCUCUUGCAGCUCUCUUCACCUGGGGCUCCAUCUGUGCUUGCCACAUCCGUUUCCGCUCUGCUUGGAAGCGUCAAGGCCGUACCCUCGACCAGAUUCCCUUCCACGCUGCUGGUGGUGUUUACGGCUCUUGGUUGGGUCUUAUCCUCUGCUUCGUCAUUCUCGGCUGCCAGCUCUACGUCGCCGUCUGCCCUCCCUUCAAGGAGGGUUACGGUAACGCAGAGGAUUUCUUCAUGGCUUGUCUCGCCAUCCCUGUCGUACUUGUCUUCUGGAUCAUCGGCUAUGUCUGGAAGCGCCCUCAGUGGCUCACCAUUGACAAGAUCGACCUCGACACUGGUCUCCGUGAGCAUGACUGGGAUGAGAUCAAUGCUUACCGCGCCAAGGUUGCUACAUGGCCUGCUUGGCGUAGGGCCCUCAACAAGUUCAUGUAA